AUGUGCGUAUCGCGGGCUUGGUACGACACGGUCCUCCGCACGCACGAGCUUUGGGGAGGCAUUCUGCCCUCGCUAUUGCAACCUAGGCACUGGCUCACAGCAUGCGACCGAGCGGGCGAAGCGGCCAAGUGUCUCUUGUACGGGGAGCGAUCUACGUGGCACUGCAAUGACACCCAACUACGCACUGCGAGGUCUAUUCAUACCAUGGACUUGUGCCCGUGGCGCAACUUUGGACGGCGUCUGCAAGGACUCAACAUGAGACUCUUGGAGGUUCUGUGUGUUUGUCCUCACGAGGGCAACAUUCCUGAUUCGUUGCCCGCAACUCCGCGCGCGCCGACAUACGCCCCGCGCCUUCUCAUUUGCGAGAUUUCCUCGCCGGCUGUGUUCAUCACUGAGCGUUCACAGCAUCUGGUUGUGUCCAACUUCUGGGUUGAACAGCUGCGUGCUGCCCUUAGCGCAUUGGUUUCGCUGAAGCAUCUCGAGAUCCAUAGGACGCGCUCGAGCGGCAGGCGAGUUGACUGGACAGCACUGAUUGCUAGCACAGGUCGUGAUUUCCUCGAGACACUGAUCUUUUGGUGUCCGGCAACCCAGAGCCGCGGUCUCAGCACGAACGUCGAGGCGCUCAAGGCACCGCGUUUGCGCGUCUUGGACGCUGGCGGGGCUGUGUUGGUGCGGAGCCCAUGUAUGCAGCGCAUGCACGUAGAGCACGUCGCCUGGCAUGAUCUUGUCAUGAUGUUGGCAGCUUCACCAUCCAUUGAGUCUCUCACGGUGCGGUCCUUGGUCGAUGGGGACUUGUCCGUGGAAGGCGGGGUUGGCUUGCCACAGUGGAUUGAGUUGCCAUUGCUGGAGGCGGUGGACAUCUCUAGCGUUCUCGCCGGUCAUACGCGCGGCGUAUUUGAGUUGCUCCGCGCAACGGCUAUCUGCGACAUCGUUCUCCACUUCGACGCGACGGCUCCGCCCAAUCGUGAGGCACUCGGCUACGUAAUCGAGCUACUUACGGCCGCUGUUUCCAUGGGCGCAGCUGAGCUCGAGCGGGUCUUUCAAUGGGCAAGGAGGGCUUUUCAGCGCAGCGGCUACUACCGGCUCUUGUUUGACCUUAGUGACGUACUGGGCGGGGUCGGCGUGCUCGAGAAUGCUGAGGUCAAUGUGGGCGCCCUCAGAGGUGCGGCGCUGGUGUUGCGCGAUGUUGUGCGGGCCGCGGCGGAUGAUGCUGAGAUGCUCGCGGGCAGGGAAGAGUUGCUCGGCGCCGCUGUCAACGCCGCCAUGCAGGCUGCCGGUGUCGAUCUUACUCACGCGUCGAUCUUACUCGCGCGGAGAGCGUGA